AUGGCGAACUCCAGUGUAGUUGGCCCGGCGCUGGCCACGCAGGACGCCUGCGCGCAGAAGGCUUCCAGCCCUUCGAAAGGCGUAAAGCGCCGACGCUUAUCGAUGUCGCUCUCAACGACAUCGCAGACCCGCAAGGUCGCGCGGCGGGCCAUCGCUGCGCCCUUCAGCCGGCCUUGUCCCACAGAAGCCGUUGAUGCAGGCGCAUUGACACCCUUGUCCUUCGGCCCUUACUGGGGCAUAGCUGCAUUCUUGGACACGCGCUCUUUGGGGCGGAUGGACAGAGCAUGCAGGCUGCUCCGGCGGCUGAACAAUGUACAAGAAGGGCCUUGGCACCAUGUCGGUUUGCAGACAUUCUUCGGCAUGGAGAUCGAUGAGGGUGGCUUCAAGCUCUUUAAGGCCUGUGGUGCUGAGAACUGGAAGGCUCGCUGUGAAAAGUUCCGCAAAAUAACGCCGACCUUCAGUCCGCCCUUCAGCGGCUCCGAAAUCGCGAAGGUCGACAGCCCUGACGAGGUUGCGUACUGCCGCUGCCGACUCCGCUCUGACAUCUUGAAAGAGAAGCCAGAGAUUGGAAUUUACGUGGAGGUGGAGGUGAGUGCCAAUGCCGACAACCUGAGCCUAGCCGUUGUUGACUUUGAGAACGGUGGACGGAGCAGUGUAACCUUCAGCCCCGAAACCGGCGCUGUGCUUCGAGAGCGCAAGGUGCGCGAGUCUCCGAGAGCCAUCGAAGGAACGUACAUACACUUGCUUCCUCCUGCUCCUCCCGGGCGGAAGUUCGAGGGAGCCAUGGGCCUGUACCUACAAGGCGGCCAGCUUGCCUUCUUCCGUCGAUGGAGAGUGGCGAUGGACAACGCCAGCCACACGGCGACGCCGAACGCAGAGAUGCAGUGGGAGACCACCGGCUUCUGCACAGAUCUGAAGUGGGCUCAAGGGCCAAGGCUGUCGCUGUGCCUCGCCUUCCGCGACAGCGGAGCCUACCGUGCCUUGAUCACGCAGGUGAACAACACCCCGCCCAUUCAGCCCUCUCUUUCUGCUGAUGCCUACAAGGAGUCCAAAUGGAGCUUGCUGUACGGCGACGACGAUCACCCCUUGGCGAUUUAG